AAAAAGCUAAAAAUAAAAUAAAGUGAAGGUGUCAGAGCAUCAGGGAACCGAAGUUGGGUGCCAAACUGAAUUAGUGUGUUGGGGGAGAAAAAAGAGUUCUGUUAGUGUAAGCAGCAGAAAGAAGUUCCAACGGCUCCUGCAAGUGCGCCAGCAUCCACAACGGCCGGGUGCGCUGCCAGGCACGAGCAGGCCCGAUCACAGCCACCCUCGGUGAAGAGGCUGGGGUGCACCACGUUCACCCGCUGCCCCAAACCCACACUGCUGCCAGCUGGGGAGACCAGACAGAACUAAAGUCCAUUUGACUCCAAAGCCCAAGCCAGGCUGAACAGAACCAGGGUCCGUUAGGGUCAACUGUGGGUCAGGCCCCAGCUCACCUGGGGUCAGCAAUGGCAGGGAUGAGUGGGUUCAUUCAACAUGUACCUUUGGACUCAUUAUGCCCCAGGCACGGUUUGAUCACGGGCACACGGAGCUGGACUCAGGCACCUGUCAUUCUGGUGGAUUCUGUGCAUCCUGACCAGCCAUCGAUUUUAUCAUGGUUUCCAGCUCGAGGAGGCCCCGUGGUGCAAAUUCUGAUCCUGGUAGGGGGGCGGCAGGGAAACCCCUCAGCAGAAAAUCAGACCUGGCCCAGUGAAAGGAGAAGUGAAAAUGGGCGAGCGGGCUGCCCCACAGCCUCUUCCAAGGAACCAGAGCAACAACUAGAGGACUGCCUUUUUCUUUCAGUCAUUCCUUUAACUGUGAGACAGAAAACCCCCCGUCCUUAGACUCUCCUCUGCGGCAGCGGUCAAUAGAGAACCGUGCUCGCCGGAUGCUCUCAGGACACAGUGCUUGAAUUUGACGCCAGAUGACCUAAAGCGAAACACAAUUUCCCCUUUUUUAGGGCAAAACAAAACUGCAAGGGGGAGUUUCCCUCUGCCCCGCACGCUCCUUCCCCAGACAAAUUUUGGGUUUUGCCUUUGCCUUGGCUUGGAUGCUGGUCAGUGUGUUUUCUGUCUUGUGCAGGAAAGAGCUCCACCACCGGCCUGCGCCUGCCCUCCGCUCCCGCAGGCCGGUCCCCUGGGACUUGCGACAUGCUGCCACCCAACUGCUCCGCGCACAGCGCCGCGGCGGACCUGGCGGCGGGCUCCCUGCUGCUGCUUGAGUGCGUGCUGGGCGCGCUGGGCAACGCCGUGGCGCUCUGGACCUUCUUCUUCCGCCUGAAGGUGUGGAAGCCCUACGCCGUCUACCUGUUCCACCUGGUGCUGGCGGACCUCCUGCUGGCCGCCUGCCUGCCCUUCCACGCCGCCUUCUACCUGAGGCACAAGACCUGGCGCCUCGGACCCGCGUCCUUCCGAGCGAUGCUCUUCCUGCGCACCCUGUGCCGCGGGGCGGGGGUGGCCUUCCUCACCGCCGUGGCCCUGGACCGCUACCUCCGCGUGGUCCACCCCCGGCUCAAGGUCAACCUCCUGUCUCUGCGGGCGGCCUGGGGCAUCUCGGUCCUGGUCUGGCUCCUGAUGGCCGCCCUCACCCACCAAAGCGUGUUCCCGGCCGAGGCCGAGGGCCCCGGCCUGGAGCCCGGGACCGCGUCCUCCUUCGGCUGGAUCUGGCAGGAAGCGCUCUUCUUCCUCCAGUUCAUCCUUCCCUUCGGCCUCAUCCUGUUCUGCAACGCAGGCAUCAUCCGCACUCUGCAGAAGAGGCUCCGAGACCCAGACAAGCAGCCCAAGCUGCAGAGGGCCCGGGCGCUGGUGGCCGUGGUCGUGGUGCUCUUCGCGCUGUGCUUUCUGCCCAGCUUCCUGGCCCGCACCCUGCUGGCCGCCUUCCGCGGGGCGCAGCGCUGCGGGGCCCUGCGCGCCCUGGUGCCCGCCGGCGACCUGACGGACAGCCUCACCUACCUGCAGGGGGCGCUGAACCCCGCCGUGUACUGCUUCUCGAACCCGGCCUUCCGGCGCUCCUACCGCAAGCUCUUCUACACCCUCACCCGCCCGCUCCGGCGCCGCGGGCGGGAAGCCGAGGCCCGGGGCUGCGAGCUCAGAGACUCCGACUCCUGAGGGCACCUGCUCCGCCCGUUCCCAGCGCUGCAGGGUGAGCAGCCCUGCUGAUGAGCUCGGAUUUCGCGCUGCAAACCCCGCACAAGGGCGCCGUCCUCGAGGACUUGCUCCGGCUGCUCAGUUGCAGAGCAGCAAAGCCAAAGGCGCGAGCGGAGCCUCCUUGGCGCAGUUCGGUCCUAAACUGCUGCGGGCCCAUCACCGGACGGAGGCGCCCCGGCGGCCCGGGAUGCGGGAGGAGGGAAGGCCUUGUUGCCGGUGAGGUUCUGGCGAGUCCCCUUAGCUGCCUAUGCUUCUUCGCACAUGCAAACAAUGCAGAACGUCUGCGUUCUUUCCAACCUGUCACACAGACGUGUGGCAACCGCCGUGGGGAAGUGGGGCUGUGGUUCUGAAGACAGGAUCUGGGCGCAAGGGCUCUUCCUGCGCUGGGGUGCUCUCAGCGCCCGGCAGGGAGCCGAUCGGGGGCUUCCUUGGUGUAGAUUACGCAGGACAGCCAGGCCCGCCGCUCAGGGCCCUUCUUUAUUUGAAGGAAUAUUUUCCUACUCAGUGUCUCCAAACUGUUUCUAGAAUUGUUUUAUGUUUGAAUGUCUAAAAGCUUUUGAAACUCAAUUUGCUUCCCUUGCUCUAAAAAAAAAUCACUGUCCUUUAAGCCACCAGGGAAAGGUGCCCAGGGUGGGACAUCAAUUUGCAUGUGAAACAGUGGUUCUCACCCAAGGCCACCACCACACCACUGAGAGGAAGGCACCUGGGGGCCGGCCCGGGUGCCAGGCACCCACAUGGAAGGUGGGCACGGCCUCCAGCCCCAGCCCCUGGACACCGGCAAUGGACACAUCUUUCCCUCUCAGUCUUCUUAAAUGGUGUCCCAAAUCGGUAGCUCAUGCUGGUGACGAAGGACUUCAAAAGCAGGACAAGGCCACCUUCUAAUGGCCCUGUCUCUCGUUCUUUGUUCAAGGUGGUGUCCCCCCCGCCCCCGCCCCCGCCACCACAAGGCUUAGAAGGGGCUGAGGCUCUGCUGCUGGGUCCCAGGCAGCCCACACAGGGCAGCUUUGCCUGAGCUGCCCCCUAGGUCUGGCCACAGGGAGAGACCUCCGCUUUUCCCAGGGGGUCGUCUGUGACCUCUGUAAUACUCAAGAUUAAACGUGACAGCAUGACACAAUCAACAAUGGCAAAACUACACCCCACUCCCGGAACUCUCUGCCCCCAGGUGGGCUUAGCGUCAGAACCAGAUGUGGGAGGUGGGUGUGAGACUACUGCUGUUUUUUUUGUUGUUUGUUUUUGUUUUUUGCUUUUUUUGCUUUUCAGGCAAAAAAAAAAAAAAAAAAAAAAAAAAAACCACGGCAUUCAGAGGUUCCCAAGUUAGGGGUCAAAUUGGAGCUGCAGCUGCCCGCCUACACUACAGCCACAGCAACACCAGAUCCGAGCCUCGUCUGUGACCCACACCACAGCUCACGGCAGCGCCGGAUCCUUAACCCGCUGAGCCUGAGCGAGGCCAGGGAUCAAAGCCAGGUCCUCAUGCUUCCUGGUCGGAUUCGUUCCCACUGCGCCACGACGGGAACUCCUGCCGUAGUGUUGAAGGAGGUGGGCCCGCAGACGCUGGGGCUGUGAUGGGCCCGCGUGGUCCCAGGGGAACGCAGACCCCUCAGCAGCACUGCGCUGUUUUCUUGGGUUUCAUGUCCUCCCGACUGACUAGAAUUCCACAGGGCUAAGAAGGGGGUCACGUGACCAGAUGAAGCUGCAAAGUGACUGAGUAAAAUUCUCUGAUGGGGACGUUCCAUGCCGUGCCUGUUUCCUCCCCUUUCAAAGAAAAUCUCCAUUUUCCUUCCUCCAAGCUCGUUGCAUUUGCAAUUUUAAGUGCUACUCCUUAUGAGUCUAACAUUCAAGAUGAAUGUUUUCCAUAGUGUGUGAUUAACUCGCCAUAUGCAUUAUGACAUAACCCGAUGAUGUUUCUCAACCAUUUUCCUGUGGACAUGGAAACCCCUGACUCCCCACACAGGUAAAUCCACACAGCCAUCUGCAUGGCAUCAGGUGCCCUUAUGUGGGGGUAAGCCAGUCUGGAGGGGCUUGCUGGCCAGUGCUGGACACAAACUAUUGCCCACACACAAUGCCACCUGGCCACCUGCACAAUGGCCAGCCAGCAGGCUGAGCCUCCCCCGCCCACACGCAGGGUGGCAAAGCCAGGCGGUCUCGGCACAGCCUUACUGCCUCUGGGGGGCUUGCUGACCGUCUCCUGGGCUCAGCUGUGGGAUCAGGAGCUUUUAAAACAUCUGAAGCUUCAGCUGACAACGGGCGUUGUGACUCGGCGGGUAGCAUUGAAGACCCCUCCUCGAGUCUGUUCCUGUGAAGCCAGGGUGGAGAUCUGCCCUCAGGACCUUUGGGUCAGCAGCCUGCUUCGUCACUUCCCAGCUUUGUGACCCGGGACGAUUCACCAGACUGCCCUGAACCUUCCUCUUCCAUAAAAUGGGGGCAAUGAAAACAGCACACGGGGUUACUGUGGGGAUUAAAUGACAUAACUCAUAAAUCUCUGUUGGGCACAGAGCUUGGCCCAACUUUCACCGGGUGUUACUUUGCUCUUUCCGAGCAAUCAGUUUAUCGUCUGUUUACGUCCGGCUCAAAAUGGGGGCCCACGGGGAUAACAUUGUCACCUACACCGCAUCAAGCAGAGCUUCCUGAGCUGGAGGUCCGGCAGUUCUGCUUCACCAAAGCCUUCUUACUAAUCUUUAUAGUAAUCCUUUUCCGACAGUUUCUAAGGAUUCUGUGAAAUGGAACCGUUAUUUUGGACUUGGGAAUUUCAGGACCCUCCAAAAAACCUGUCCCCGAGGAUAGUUGUGGUACCCUGUCCCAUCCCUCUGAUCAAAGACGCCAGCUCUGCCUUCAGAUGGUUUUCUUCUUUAAAGGCAGGGAGUGGGAGUUCCCGUUGCGGCUCAGUGGUUAACAAACCCAGCUAGCAUCCAUGAGGACACGGGUUUGAUCCUUGGCCUUGCUCAGUGGGUAAGGAUCCUGAGUUGCCAUGAGCUGUGGUGUAGGUCGCAGACACGGCUCAGAUCUGGCGUUGUUGUGUUUGUGGUGUAGACAAGCAGCUGCAGCUCUAAUUCGACCCUUAGCCUGGGAACUUCCAUAGGCCACAGGUGUGGCCCUAAAAGGACAAAAAUACGUAAAUAAAUGAAAAUAAAGUCAGGGAGCAGCAAGGUUCUUAUCUUCUCCAAAUUCUUUUCUCCGAGUAAGGAAAUGACUCAGAAGGCAAGUGUGGGCAGACAGGACACGAGAGGCCCCAGAACCGCAAUCGUUUUGCUGCCAGUGGCAGGUUUUGGUUUCUUUUCUCUUGUGACUCAUUUCUUAUAACACAGCAAGUGCACAGCCUUGGCCGUGAGUUUUGCAAAUCUCAGUAUCGUCUGAAUCCUGGCACAUCCGGAGCCCAGAUUUUCCCUCCAGGGACACUUUUCUUUCCUUGUUCAGACGAUGCUGUCGCUGUUUCACAGUCCCAGGCAUCUUCUCAUUUUCCUUUUCCAAAACCCAGUGGGGGCCACCGAGCAACCGCCCCCGCCCGGGAUGUACACACCCACAGGUGCAGGCAGCCUGCCCCAGAUGUCCGGGCUCAAUCCUGGGAAUUCCUGCCACUGCUCAGGUCCAACCCUGGACCUGCCUGUGGCACACCCCAGCCGCACCCCAACACAGCUCGUGACUCAGCCCUGUCCCCAGGCCUCCUGAGGGUCUCGGGCUGCGCUCCUCCCCGCCCAGCACCUCGGAGCCCAGACAAUUUCCUCUCAUCUUUGCACCCCAGCAGUUGGCACUGGGCCGGGCACAUGGUAGACGCUUAAUAAAUUUGUGGAAUAAACCCAUGAACAAAUUAAUCUGA